CGAAAUUCUGACACGUUUCAGUUCACGCUGUAGCUCCUGCUAAACGAAAGUCUGAGAUUUCUUUGGCAGAGAAGUUAUCGCUUCACGCCAUACCCCGCUCAUUUAGCUCUCGAGAUUUAAAAAUGAAAAGAGAGGAAGACAAGAAGAAGAACAGAAGAAAAACACUCCAUAGCUUGUGUUCCGUGUCAGCUUUGCUGUUGUCGGUUGUGUGUUGUAUGGCACUAAUUCACGUGGAACUCCGAAUACAAGAACAUCAUCGACUGAUGUCACACUCAGUAACAGUCUGUGAUCAAAUGGAAACGCAGAUUCUUCGGAAAGUUCAACAGAAUUAUGAGAGAAAGCAAGCAACGAAAACUGAAAGCUUAAAAGGUAAGAUGUCUGGCCCCUGAUGAGCCGGAUGAUAUGAGUUUUAUUACUGAUAAAUCCGCUAUUCAGUGCAAUAAUUAAUACUGUCCGUUUGGUUAUUUGUACGAUGCAAAUUUCUCAUUUUCACUUUUACCUGUUUUACCUUUUACCAUCACGCUGGGGCUAAACACGUUGAAUGAUGAUAAUGAGACUUCAACUAAAAUUUGAGUGCAAAACCAUACUUUUCCUCAUAAAGAAAAAAAAAACUGCCUAUGUGUAUGUGGCUUUUGUUGUUGUUGUUGUUGUUUAGUUUUUGUUAUUUUCUUUCAUUUUCUUUUUUUUUUUUUUGGAAGAUUCUAAUAACGGAGGUUUUAGAACAUUGAGAAUAAAAAUUAGCGAUAGCAAUGAAUGACGUUGACUCGUUUGACUCCAUGCCAUCAUUUUCAAAUUCGUGUAGUUCUUGAUUCCGUGAGUUCAUUAUAUAUUGCGUGCGAAAGCUUAGUUGCAUAUGAUUGAAAGAGAAAAAUACAGGUGCCAAUUACCAGGUAAAUAGUUUUUCUUUGAUAGAGUCAGAUUGGGUGUUUAGUUUAGGUUUCUUUUCUUUGAUAGAGAGAAUUCCGUAAUUAUACAUAUAUAAAUUAAGCAAUCCACAUGACGUCCAUGAUGUUUCAUUAUUUACGGCAGGACAAAUUUGGUAACUGAGAAAUUGAGCUUUCGAGGAGUCUUUUCUCUCUAGCGUGUUGUGCUCAGAAAUGUUUUUAUUUAUAUAUUUCAAAAGGUCUUGGUCAGUAUAAAAACGUCGAUUCAAGGCAGAAGCGAGGUUCAUCCUUCGAUUUACAAAUAAAACGUCUGAUCAGAGAAGAGUUUCGUCUGCUGCAAAACCACUUCUGUGCUAAAAACGAAACGCUUUGCCGCUCAGGACCGAAAGGUAAUGCAGGAAAACGGGGAAGACCUGGAACCCGUGGGAGACGAGGUCCCCCAGGGAAACCUGGCUCAGAAGGACCACCAGGACCCGUAGGUGUAAAAGGGGAUCUCGGAUUACCGGGGAAUCCGGGUCCCACGGGUCCCCAAGGACUAACAGGACCCGAAGGUGUAAAAGGCGAUCUCGGAUUACCGGGGAAAUCAGGUCCCACGGGUCCCCGAGGACCAGCUGGACCCGUAGGUGUAAAAGGCGAUCUCGGAUUACCGGGGAAAUCAGGUCCCACGGGUCCCCGAGGACCAGCUGGACCCGUAGGUGUAAAAGGCGAUCUCGGAGUACCGGGAAAUCCUGGUCCUAUGGGUCCCCAAGGACCAACAGGACCCUUAGGUAUAAAAGGUGAUCUCGGAAUACCGGGGGUUCCUGGGCCCAUGGGUCCUAGAGGCCCACCGGGUCAAAAGGGAACCAAGGGCGAGCCAGGCCCGUCCAUCACGGCUCCUUCUCUGCUGCAGAGUCCUGUUGAAACAACUGUCAAUCAGAACCAGACGGCCAUCUUGAAAUGUCUAGCAGAUGGAAAUCCAACCCCGCAAGUCACAUGGUCUAAGCUGAAUUCGCGGCUACCUGUGGGACGCCACGUGGUAGAGUCCAGUGGUGCUCUAAUUUUCAAGUACGUACGGCCUGGGGAUGAGGGAGUAUACAGCUGCGAAGCUAAAAAUUUACUGGGGAGCGUUAACACUUCAGCGAAACUCACUGUACAGUGUAAGUAAACCUGGUCAAUUUAAUUAAAUAUCAAAGUGGACUAAGAAUUUUAUUAAUCGACAAUUACCAGGGGAGUCUACAAAUUAAACUUCAAAAAGACAAGUUGGAUAUAUAGACCGGAAGUGUAAACGCUUCAGUGAAACUCACUGUACAGUGUAAGUACACUAUAAUUAGGCAUAAUAUUCUGAAAGGAAUAGAAUUACAAUUUCAUAUAUCGGCAAUUAAUAGCAAAGCUUUGUUUAGUUAUUGCAGCAAGAUUUAUAUCGCUUUCAACUUCGUUUAGGUCCGAUGUAAACAACAAAAUCUCACUAAAAAAACAAGUUAUUUCAGAAAGCAUACUUGAGAUUUUAAGAAGUUCCAAUCAACUUAUUUUCGAAAUGAGCUGAUUCUUUUCACUUGACGAUCACUUUCCUUUUGUUUUCUGACACUCAUAAGUUAGGCUGUUAAUAAACAAGCUUUAUUCUCUAUUUUUCGCCAGUUGGUCCGCAACUUUCAUUGUCAUCCAAUCUACUGAGGGCUGAAGAGAAUCAAAAGGUCACCAUUGCUUGCAACGCUACUGGUCAGCCGUCACCUAAGAUCACGUGGUCCAAGGUAAACGGAAGUUUACCUGGAGGCAGAAUCCAUGUGCAAGAAGGAACCCUAAAAAUCUUCAAAGUCACAAGAAAAGAUGGUGGAAAAUACAUUUGCAAAGCACAGAAUAUUCUGGGUUCGGCGAUAGACACUGCUCAACUUAUUGUAUACUCUCCUUUGCGGUUCAAAGUCCGUCCUCGACAACAAGUGACUCCUUACUUUGGUUCAACUCUCCGUCUGCCGUGUGUGGCCGAGAGUAACCUGAGUACUACAAUUACUUGGUUAAAGAAUGGCGCCGGUGUACCUGCAGCAAACACGCAAGAUCUUCAUGGACGCACUCUAGUUAUUAAGAACUUCAGAAAGUCCUCUGAAGGCUCUUACACCUGCAGAGCUAGGAAUGCCCUAACAACAAUAGAAGCUAAAGUUAAAAUCAAUGCUCCGAUUCCCGCUUCCUGUUCUGAAGUUAAAAAGUACAUCAGCACUGUGAGCGGAAAUUACGAAAUUGAUCCAGAUGGCGAGAAAGGCCUGGCACCAUUUAGGGUUUAUUGUGACAUGACUGAUAAAGGUGGUGUCGGCGUUACAGUCAUUAGUCACGACAGUGAGAGUAGAACACAUGUCGAUGGAUGUGAACCUCGUGGGUGUUACUCACGUGACAUUCAUUACACAGGAGCGAGUCUGUCUCAGCUGGCAAGUCUCACUAAAGUCUCUUCACACUGUGAGCAGUUUAUCAAGUAUGAGUGCAAUGGUUCGGUACUCUGGUGGGGAGACAAUCAACAAGGAUGGUGGGUGUCACGUGAUUCAGCUAAGAUGACGUACUGGGGUGGAGCGUCACCUUACAGUAGUAUGUGCGCAUGCAGGAUGACCAACUCAUGUGCAAACUCCGAAAAACGAUGUAACUGUGAUAAGAAUGACGAUGUAUGGCGUGAGGACAGCGGUCUUCUCACUGACAAGACAAAGCUUCCAGUAAAACAACUCAGGUUUGGUGAUACUGGCGGAAGCAGCGAACAAGGUUACCACACCCUGGGGAAACUGAAAUGCUUUGGCAUUGCAUAA